GAUUUCAUCACAAUGUACUUCAAUUACGAAUAGCCCGAAGUGACAAAGGAGCUCCAUUGAGCGAUCAAUGUAAAAGACGUUGUUUUGAAUGCAUGGUUACUUCUAAGUAAGAACUUCGUUGCGCAGUGCAACACCCAUCUGACGCCAUAAUGGCCGCAAAUCUUCAUCCAUGUCCUCCAGUCUCCGCCACGCCGAACUGCAUCAUACCCACCUCUCCGAACCACUCAAAGCAUACCCCUUCCCACCAUUUUCGAGGUGGGUUGUUCAGAAAUUGCAAAACCAUGGAUGAGCUUCGACAAUUGCACUGUUAUGUCUCGAAGCAGGGCGUCAUUCGUAAACAAUCGGCUGUAACUAAGCUGAUUUCCGCCUGCGUGGAAAUGGGUACUUGGGAAAGCAUGGAUUAUGCUCGAAAGGCAUUCAAUAUCUUCGAGGAAGAUGGCGAAGAGAAUGUUACUCUUUUCAUGUACAAUUCGUUGAUCAGAGGAUGCUCUGCUGCAGGGCUUUGCGAUGAAGCUGUUUCACUGUACAUUCAGAUGAAAGGGGCUGGCUUUUUGCCAGACAAUUUCACGUUUCCAUUUGUGUUGAGUGCGUGCGCUAAAGCUGCUGCGUUUUUACAAGGGGUUCAGCUCCAUGGAGCUCUAAUGAAGAUUGGUUUGGAGGGAGAUAUGUUUGUUGCUAAUUCUCUGAUACAUCUGUAUGGGGAAGCAGGAGAAGUUUCAUUCGCACGGAAGGUGUUUGAUGGAAUGCUCGAGAGAAAUGUUGUUUCAUGGACUAGCUUGAUUUGUGGUUAUGGUAGGACAGAUUCUUCCAGAGAGGCCGUGGCUUUGUUUUUCCAAAUGAUCGAGGCAGGUGUUGGACCCAAUUCUGUCACAAUGGUGUGUGUGAUAUCGGCUUGUGCCAAGUUAAAAGAUGUUGAACUGGCCAAGAGGAUACAUGCUUAUAUUGAAGAGUCAGAAAUGGAGCUUAAUACUCAAAUGGUGAACGCACUUGUGGAUAUGUACAUGAAAUAUGGAGAAAUUGGUGCCGCCAAACGACUAUACAAUGGAUGUGUUGAUAAGAAUUUGGUUUUAUGUAACACAAUCAUGUCAAAUUUUGCACGCCAUGGUAUGCCGAAUGAGGUACUUGCUAUCCUGGUAGGUAUGUUCCGAGAAGAUCUUCGACCAGAUAGAGUUUCGUUGCUUUCGACGAUCUCAGCAUGUGGGCAGAUGGGUGACUAUCUACUUGGGAAGUGCUGCCACAAUUAUGCUCUAAGACAUGGGUAUGAAGCUUGGGAUAACAUUUGCAAUGCAAUGAUUGAUAUGUAUAUGAAGUUUGGAAAACAAGAGCUAGCAUGUAGAGUUUUUGAUGGUAUGUCUAAUAAGACUAUCAUUUCAUGGAACUCGUUACUCGCGGGUUAUAUAAAAAACAGAGAUGUAGGGUCGGCUCGGGAGAUAUUCAAUGAGAUGCCUGGAAAGGAUAUUGUGUCUUGGAACACAAUGGUAAAUGCUUUGGUUCAAGAGAGCAUGUUUAAAGAAGCAAUUGAACUUUUUAGAGAGAUGCAGACAAAGGAAAUGGAAGCCGAUAGAGUGACAAUGGUAGAAGUUGCAUCUGCGUGUGGAUAUCUCGGGGCUCUCGAUCUUGCCAAGUGGAUAUAUGCCUACAUUGUAAAGAAUAACAUCUACUGUGAUAUGUUGCUUGAGACAGCAUUAGUUGAUAUGUUUGCUAGGUGUGGCGAUUCUCGUAGUGCAAUGGAAGUGUUCGACAAUAUGAAUAUAAAAGACGUCUAUGCGUGGACAGCAGCCAUUGGAGCAAUGACUGUGGAUGGGAAUGGAGAACGAGCUAUAGAACUUUACAAUGAGAUGCUAAGGCAGGGGAUAAAACCAGAUCAAGUAGUAUUUGUAAACAUAUUGACAGCUUGUAGCCAUGGUGGUUUUGUUGAACAAGGGCAGUACAUAUUUGAGUCAAUGAAGCAACAUGGAAUCUCUCCACAAAUUGUUCAUUAUGGUUGCAUGGUUGAUCUAUUAGGCCGUAAAGGUAAGUUAGAAGAAGCUCUAGAUAUUAUAAAGAGCAUGCCAAUGAAACCCAAUGGGAUCAUAUGGGGAUCUCUAUUGGCUGCAUGCCGUACCCAUAAAAAUCUCGAUAUGGCAACGUUUGCAGCUGAAAGGUUAGCAGAAGUGGCUCCAGAAAGGACUGGGAUUCAUGUGCUUCUAUCAAACAUAUAUGCUUCAGCUGGAAAGUGGGCCGAUGUUGCGAAUGUGAGGCUACAGCUGAGGGACAAAGGGGUUCAGAAAACGCCUGGUUCAAGCUUGAUAGAAGUUGAUGGAGUUAUCCAUGAGUUCACCUCAGGCGACAGAUCACACCCAGAAAACUAUGACAUUGACAUGAUGCUAGAAGAAGUUACCUGCAGGCUUGGUGAUGCUGGCUAUGUUCCUGAUCUAACCAAUGUUCUGCUUGAUGUAAAUGAGCAAGAGAAACAAUAUUUGCUCAACCGACAUAGCGAGAAGCUAGCCAUGGCUUACGGGCUUAUAAGUACAGAAAAACAUGUGAGGAUUCGUGUUAUGAAGAAUCUCCGAAUGUGCUCAGACUGUCAUGCAUUUGCCAAAUACAUUUCAGAAGUGUAUGGUAGGGAAAUAACAGUACGAGAUAAUAAUAGAUUUCACUUCUUUCGACAUGGGUCUUGUUCAUGUGGUGAUUAUUGGUAACAUAAUUCUCGGAUAG